CAGAGCGCAAACCAAUUGAUAAAAUUUACAUUGGUGUGUUUGGGAGGACAGGAGCUGGAAAGAGCUCCUUGAUCAAUGCGAUUGUGAAUGAAAAACAUCUUCUACCAUCUGGGGGGUUUCAAGCCUGCACUUCCGUCAUCGUGUACGUAGAGGCCAACACUAAGUCUGACAAAUACAGAGCAGACAUUGAUUUAAUGAGCAAACAGGAGUGGGAUGCGGAGCUGCGCUUCCUGCUGGAAACACUCUCUAAUGAUCAGGAGGACAGGACUGAUGCUGACACUGAGUACGAUGAUGAUGCUGAUGAGAUGCGAGACAUGGCUAAAGAAAAAAUCAAGUCACUUUACGGAGAGGAUGGACUUGAAAAAGGUUAUGAUGAAUUGGUGGGAAACAAGAAAGUCUCAGAUAUUCUGAAAAACUGCAGCAUUUCUUUGACUUACGACACAGCUGAAGAGCUGUCGAACGAAAUUGGCCGCUACAUUCGUAGUGACAGUGACGGAGACCCCCAAUACUGGCCUCUGGUGAAGCGUGUGACCAUCUCCCUUCCUCGCUCUCCUACUCUCCUGGACACAAUUGUGCUGGUGGACCUUCCUGGGGCUGGAGACGCCAACAAACAGAGAGAUGAGAUGUGGAAGGAGUGCCUGAGCCGCUGCGCCUCCAUCUGGAUCGUCAAUGACAUCAACAGAGCUCUGUCUGACAAAGAGGCGCAGAAAAUCUUUCAGGAAAGUUUGAGGAGCAUCGCUGGAGGAGGAGAGUGUCACAACAUCACUUUCAUCUGCACCAAGACAGACAACAUCAAUCCAAAAGAGUUAAAAAAGAAUGACAAAAUCACUGAUGAGAAACUUCAAAUCAGUGAAUUCAAGGACUCUCCAGAUUUUAAAAAAAGGGAGAAACAGGCAUGUAUUCGGUACCGUAAUGAGAAGACUAAAGAAAAGUUCGGAAAAAAUCACAAAGCAAAGAUCAAGAAUUUUCUGCUUGGUGAAAAUGUGGACUCAGACAAGUAUUUUGAUGUGUUCACUGUGAGCUCUCAAGAAUACAGUGCGAUUGAAGAGGGGGAGGACACAACUCUUGAUUGUCAUGAAACAGGGCUUGAUUGA